AUUAGGUACGUUCAUCAAUGGAAGUCGUUGCGAUGGCACUUCUAACUGCUGCCAAACUGAAAUCCCUUAUGAUCUCAACUCAUUCAUUACAACUAUAGAGCCCCAAAAUUCCCAAAUUAUUAAUAAUGUUGGAGAAUGCAACUAUGCUUUCUUGGUUGAAAAAUCUUGGUUCGAGGAAAAUUUCACAAUGCCAAAACCAAAUUUAUUAGUUCCAGUGGAAUUGAAAUGGGGGAUUGACUCCAUUUCGCACUAUUCAAAACCCCACAGCAGUAAACAGUAUCGCUGUCAUCGCAAUGAUGCUACUAAUUUGUUGGAUAAUUACAACUUCACAAUCUCUACUCAUACAUGUGAAUGUGCUCAAGGCUACGCUGGAAAUCCCUAUCUUCCUCAAGGUUGUCAAGAUAUAAACGAAUGUGUAGAUCCAAAGCUCAAUCGUUGUACUGAUUCUCGCUGUAAAAAUACCGAUGGGGGUUACCAUUGUAUUAGCACAAGCCUUGGAGCAUUAGUUCUGGUUAGUGGUGGAUGGUGGUCAUACAAGGUGGUCAAGAAAAGGAAGGGGAUGAAACAAAGGCAGAGGUUCUUCCAAAGAAAUGGUGGACUAUUGUUACAACAACUAUCCACGAGGGAAGCCAAUGUUGAGAAUACUAAAUUGUUUAAUUCCAAAGAAUUGGAGAUGGCCACUAACCAUUUUAAUGUUAAUAGAAUAGUUGGACAAGGAGGUCAAGGCACUGUCUACAAAGGCAUGCUAGGAGAUGGAAAAAUAGUUGCGAUAAAAAAAUACAAGCUGAUGAAUGAAGCAAGACUCCAAGACUUUAUUAAUGAAGUUGGCAUUCUUUCACAAAUUAACCACAGGAAUGUGGUUAAGCUACUUGGAUGUUGUUUGGAAACAGAGGUUCCAAUGCUGGUUUAUGAAUUUAUUCCUAACGGAACUCUUUCUCAAUAUCUCAAUGGCCAAAAUGAAGAGUUUUUACUAACAUGGGAUAUGCGUUUGCGAAUAGCUAUAGAAGUUGCAGGAGCACUCUAUUAUUUACAUUCAGCAGCUUCGUCACCCAUUUACCAUCGAGACAUUAAGUCUAUGAACAUACUUUUAGAUGGUAAGUACGUAGCAAAAGUAGCAGACUUUGGGAUUGCGAGAUCUGUUGCUAUUGAUCAAACUCAUUUAAGCACUACUGUACAUGGAACUUUUGGAUACAUAGACCCUGAAUAUUUUCGAUUAGGCCAAUUUACAGAAAAAAGUGAUGUUUAUAGUUUUGGUGUUGUUCUUGCCGAGCUCUUAACUGGAGAAAAAGCAAUCUCUUCCACGAGGACACCAGAAACCAAAAGUUUAGCCUCAUAUUUCAUUACUUCAAUGGAAGAGAAUAUUUUGUUUGAUAUUCUUGAUAACCAAGUUUUGAAGGAAGCUAAAAAGGAGGAGAUCAUUGUGGUUGCAAACCUUGUAAAAAGGUGCUUGAACUGGAAUGGAAGGAAUCGACCAACGACGAAAGAGGUUGCAAUGGAGUUGGAGGCAAUUCAAAUGCAGAGAAAAGCCUCCAAUCUAGAGCAAAAUUACGAAGAGGUUGAGUUUGUCAGAAGUGAAAGUUACAAUAUUCAAUGUGAUGCGCCUGCUUCUACAUCAAAAAUGACAUGUACAUUCAGUGCCCCGGUGUUGGAAGUUGAGGCACGGAGAGAGCAAGGCGAAUCUUCUUUGCACAAGCUCUCAGAAAUAGGCGAUUUCGAAAUGUCCCUCUUAAUGGGUCGUACCUCCGGCCCCUUUUUUGCCUUGUCCUCUUGGAAGGGCUUGCUCGGGGAUUGUGAGCAAGUCUCACUUUGGACUUGCUUGGUGAUCUCAACCAACCAUGUUGUAGAGAAGUGCUUGUUCGGUGACUCCGAGCAAGCCACACUUUUGGCCUUGCUCGGUGAUCUCAUGUGGUAUCCUAAAGCCCAAGUCUUGCUUUCUCGAGAUUCAAUGGCUGACGACACCAGGUUGAAAGAUCUUCAUGAAGGUUUCACUUCCUUCAAAAAGUCCACAGAAUCUCACAUCAAGAAUACAGAAUCACAAUUUAACUCUAUUGGUGUUGAACUACUAGCAAUACGUAGGCAAAUGGAGUCCAUGAUGCAGCAAUUCACCUCUUUGGCAACAUAUCUACAGCAAGCAAAAACAAACUAG